GUAGCAAACUAACACGUUCGAGUACUCCAUGAACUGCUUUCUUGCACAGCCAGGUGAGAGCAGGGCAGAUAGCACCCACAUGUCUUACAGCGCAAAGAUGCUGGUACUAGUUCAAUUGCCUAGUUCAAUAAAAAAUAAAUAUAUAUUUGUAAUACGUCGCAAAAAAAUUGGCCCGUCCAUCCCAGUGACCUACCUAGCAUGCAUUGGUACUGAAUCUGUUCGAAUGACGGAGUGCGGGGCUGACUUCCUGCACCUCGACGUUAUGGACCGUCAUUCUGUACCCAACAUCAUGUUCGGUCAUCCCAUGGUGGAGUGCCUGAGGAACUGUGUGGGGCCAGACCCUUUUUGAUAUGCACGUGAUGGUAUCGGGGUCAGAGCAGUGGGUGAAACCCAUGGCAGGAGCCAAUCAGUACACAUUCCACCCGGAGGCCACCACUAAUGCUGGAAACCUCAUCAAGGAGAUCAGAGAGAGCGGCAUGAAAGUGGGCCUGGCCAUAAAGCCUGGGACUACAGUAGAGGAGUUGGCACCGUGGGCUGGACAGAUCAACAUGGCUCUGGUCAUGACUGUAGAGCCUGGCUUUGGAGGCCAGAAGUUCAUGGAGGACAUGAUGCCCAAGGUGAGCUGGCUGAGGAGUCAGUUUCCCUCUCUGGACAUUGUGGACGGAGGAGUGGGUCCUUCUGCCAUCCAUAAGUGUGCGGAGGCGGAUGCUGACAUGAUCAUGCCGGACUGUGACCACGUGUAACCAUGACUGCACAGGACCUCCUUCACCUGCGGGCCCCUUAUGUGGGGAGAAACUCAUUCUGACCGGCUGGGCCUGGCUCCCAAAUGGGUGAGCCGGUGCCAAGUCUUGUGAAAUCCAUAGAUUAGGGCCUAAUGACUUUUAAAUAAAGUUCCUUAUAUGAACUGUAACUCAGCGAAAUCUUAGACAUUGUUGCAUUUAUCUUUUCGUUCAGAGAGAGUGUGUGUGUGUGUGUGUGUGUGUGUGUGUGUGUGUGUGUGUGUGUAUAAUAUAUAUAUAUAUAUCCAUACAUUGCAGCCCUGAAUCUGCAAUAAAAAGAAUACAAUGUAGCUCUGGUAAUAUGGGUCAUAUUUGAACAGCUAGGGCAGGGGUCUCCAACCAUUUCUAUCCAAAAGGCUACUUCAUAUAAAAAGGCUAAAAUCACCAAAGUUGAUGAAUAGAAACAAAGAAAAGCACUGAUUACAUAAUUGUGUUUUGGUUCUUAAAAUCACACCUUUUGAAUAGGUGCCUUUUUUAUUUCAAACACCAGUAGUGCAACUAAUGUUUUCUAACUGCACUGAACCAACACAGUGGCUCACCGGAGCAAAGCAAAACUUGUGGUCAAAACCAUUCAUCUUGAGGUGACAGGGGGAGGUGGUGAAAAAUGCAAUCUGUUCAUUAAAAUGUAAAAUGGGUGGGUUUUAAUACAAACUAGCUUAACAUUGCUAAUCAUUGAAAAGGACAAAUUAAACAAUGAUUCAUGAUCAUUUUCUGGUU